CUCAUGGUUAUUACUUUUUGGAGUAUAUUUUCAUUGAUAUAUCGUUGUUUUAAUGAUCGUAAUUAUAUAAAGAACAAAAAAAAAUUAUUUUACAUUUAAUUAAUAACGAAUUAGAAAACUUUAUUGUAAGCGAUCAAAGUUUAUUAGUUUUACUGCGCAAACGCCAAAAUCUAAUCGUGAUUUGCUUGUGAAAUAUCACAUAAGUACCAGAAUAUAUUUAUGGUGUGAAUGAUGAAAAAACGUGCAGUAUAAUAAUCAUAAGGAAAAUUUCGUAUAUUUUUAUUUUGUGAUAAUAUCUUUCAAUCUAUUUCAUAAUAUAUUAAAGUCUUCAAAGUUUCAAUGAUAUCAAAAUUAAUUUCAACGUUAGCCGGUGUUUUAAUAUAAUAUCACGAUUUAUUUAAAAAACAUAAAUAUUUUCGAUCAGUAUUUAAUUGUCGGUACGAUAUUGAAUAAUUUUCUUUUCUUUAUUAAAAAGAGAUCAAUCGUAUUAUGUACUUACAUUUGUAAACUUAUAUAUGUACGUUAAAAAGAGUAAAUAUAAUCUUCAGGGAUAUAUCGAUAAUUUUUUAUAUUCCAAACGAAAUGUCCACAUUAAUAUUGCGAACUGUUAGUUGUUUAAGUAGAUCACCAAAGCAUAUUUUAAGUAAGGUUAGGCAAAUCAGUACAUCAACUGUUCGUCGAGAAACCGUACCGUCCAACGUUGACAAAAGAAUUAAAAAGAAAUCUCCGAUAACAUGGAAAUCUUUGACAGUUACGGCAGUUCUUGGAAGUGGUCUUUUAUUAUAUUUAUAUUAUUUGAAAAGAGAAAAAGAAAAGAUAGAGUUACGUGAAAGAAGACGACAGUUAGGAAAAGCUUCCAUAGGUGGAAAGUUUGAGCUACUUGAUAGCGAAGGGAGAACUGUUAAAUCAGAUGAUUUCUUAGGGCAAUGGGUUUUAAUUUAUUUUGGUUUUACUCAUUGUCCAGAUAUUUGCCCUGAUGAACUUGAAAAAUUAGCACUUGUUGUAGAUCAGUUAGAGGAAGAACAUAAGUUAAAAGUUCAACCACUUUUUAUAUCCGUUGAUCCUGAAAGAGAUACUCCUGCCAUAGUAGGAAAAUAUAUAAAAGAAUUUUCACCUAAAUUUAUUGGUCUUUCUGGUUCUCCUGAAGCAAUUGGAAAAGUUUGUAAAGCUUAUAGGGUAUAUUAUAGUAAUGGGCCUAAGGAUGUGGACAAUGAUUACAUUGUUGAUCACACAAUCAUAAUAUACUUAAUAGAUCCAGAAGGUUUAUUUGUCGAUUACUAUGGACAGACUCAUCAAGUCGAACAGAUAGUUAAUAGUGUAAUAAUCAAUAAGUCAAAAUAUGAUCAAUAUGUAAAGAGUGCAAAAUGAUUCUUUGCUAUUGUAAAUGAUUAUUGUACGUGUAACUGAUUGUGUAAUAUAAUUACUUACGUUGCUAUUGAGGUAUUAAUAUAUUAAUUAAUAAUUAAAAUAAUUUUCUUUUUUUAAUAAUUUUUUUUUUUCUAUACAAGUAAAACCAUAAGCGAACUUGCAUUCUCAUAUCAUUCUUUAUAUAUAUUAUACUUCAUAAUUAUCAAGAAAAUAAGGAUAAGUAAGCAUAAAAUAUUCGCAUGCUAAUAUAAGUUAAACAAUUUGUGUCAAUACAUAGACACAUACUAGGAAACUUAACCUGAGCUGAAAGCAAAUUAUGCAAGAGUACACAAAGAAUAGUACACGGAAAUACUAAGUAUACAUAAUUUCUUAAUUUUAUUGCAACAUCGACACAAUAACGUUUACCAUAUAACUUUAUAUAUAUAAGUCUUACUUAUAAUUCUGAUAUUUUUUUUUUUUUUUUUUUUUUUUUUAACAUUGACAA